AUGCACUGUAUUGAAUGCCUUUUUGAGGUCAAUGUAGGCUGCAAGCAGCCCAGGCCCGAACUCAUGAUGGCGCUCUACAAUGACUCAAAGUGCUAUGAUAUGUUCUCCGGCAUGACGCACCGCGGCCACAUCCGCCAGAGCUACGGCGGCGUCGGCAGGAACAUCGGGGACGCCCUCGCCCGCCUCGGUUGCCGCCCGCUGCUCAUCUCGGCCGUGGGUGACGACACACACGCCCGCGCGCUCACCGCCCAUAACCCAAAGCUGGAACUUGGCGGGUUGGCGCGCGUGGGCGGGGCGAGCACCGCCGUGUACUGCGUGGUGCUCGACCAGGCCGGCGAGGCGCUCUUCGGCGUCGGGGACAUGAGCGUGCACGAGCGGGUCACGCCGGGCCAUGUGAGUCCACAUCGCAUCAAAACACGCUCACGCUAA